AUGUCUUCAUUUGUUAUUGAAUUAGAUCUCCUCAGAACAUUACCAAACAACAAGCAUUAUGAGAGCCUAAAUUCUGACGGCAUUCCCAAGCUACGUCGUGUACUUCUUGCUUACAGUAGACACAACCCAUGUGUUGGAUAUUGCCAGGGUAUGAACAGACUGGCAGCAUGGGCCAUGCUCUUUCUUCCAGAGGAAGAGGCAUUUUGGUGUUUAGUUGGGAUUAUGGAUUAUAUCAUGCCUCCAGAUUAUUUUGGAAAAACUAUGAUGGCAGCACAGGCUGAUCAAAGGGUUGUUAAGGAUUUGAUAGCAGAAAAACUCCCCAGAAUCAAUGCACACUUUGAAAAAAAUGAGCUUGACAUUUCCUUAUUCACAUUUAAUUGGUUUUUGACCCUUUUUGUUGACAAUGUUCCCCCAGAAACCACCCUGAGGAUAUGGGACAGUUUUCUAUUAGAGGGAAACAAGGUGCUGUUCCGCUUCUGUCUGGCUUUUCUCAAGUUUAAAGAAGAAGACAUUUUGAAACAAAGGGAUAUGAUUUCUUUAAAUAAUUAUUUGAGGACUUUGGGUGAAAAAAUUUUUGACGUUGGGAGAUUAUCCCAGAUAGCAUUCACAGAAUUGAAUCCAUUCCCUAUGAAAUUUGUCAAGCAAAGAAGAGCUUUCCAUCUUCCACAAGUUCAGCUUGAACUUGAGGAACUGGAUGCCUUGAGAGGUGAAAUUCGUGAAAAGAAAGAUCAAACAGAUCUUAUGGAGUUCUCAAGUGAUGAUGAUCUGUAGUGGACAGUCUUCAACAUGAGAUGGAAAAAAAUUACACAAAACAAUCACAAGAAUUUAGUGUAUUGACAAUUUUACAAUCAACAUGGGGAAAAGCAGUCAUUUUAUGUGGCUAAGGACUAUAGUUAAUGAUAAAACAAUGCAAUCACAGCUGCACAGACUUCAAGCAAACUAGAACAAUCAAACUAAAGUGAUAGCAUUGAUUUCCAAAUAUCGGUCUGAUCUGAUAUUCAUUUAUGUGUCCUAAAUAAUACCCACAGCCUUCUCAAUAAGACUAUAUUUCACACCAAAGUGACAAUCUUAUUAAAGUGCUCCUCCCAGAUACUGAAAAAGAAUGCACUAGGGAACACUAUCAUUAAACUGCUGUAAAUCGGCCACAAAUAAACAGACAACAAUUUUCAAACCUGAACUUUGAAUACAUGGUUGGGAGUUGUUAAGAGAAAAUGGUAACAGAUAUGGUCUUUCAAAGUGCCAAUUUUUCAUUACUCAGUAAGAAGUUCUGUUGUAACAGUAUGAAGUUGUGAUUUAACAUAUCAUCAUGUGCAUACCAGAACACCCGUUUGUGCCUGCAGCAGCAUUUUCAAGCUUUUUAAGUUUUAAAAAAGGAAAUGUACACAAGGCUUCAUAAAUAUAGUUAACUUUUUUUAUUUAGAAACCUCAAGUAUAACAACAAAUAAUAAAACAAAAAUAAUA